AUGAGGGGAGCUGCGCGUCAGGAGAAAGUGUUUCGACGGCGCAGAUCUGGCCCGGCGGCCGAGCGAAACCACCCCCUCAGGAUCAGGUCAGUCUCCCCUCUGUCUGGGCGCGCGGCGCGUCCAGCACACCACCCGCCGCCGCCAUCUGCAUCCAGGCUAUUGUCCAGGAUGGUGUGUGUGUGCGUGUCGAGCGAGCCGAGGUCGAGCUACCCCAAGGUGCGCCAGGCGUGCGGGGAAGCUGGCCCAGGGCGCCAGAACGUUGCGCCGCGGCCCCGGGCACGCGCCAGAAAUCCGGGGUACACUGCCAGAAUCGGCCUGUUUUCUCCCUGUGGCGGCGGCGCGCCCGCCCGCAGCACACACGGCACGGACUUGGGCAGCACCCCGAGCCGUGACGUGACAGCUGGGGGGCAGCUUGUGGGACUAUUGGCCGUGAGUGAGGGCGUUGUGGUUUCUAAGUUGAAGUCAUCGUGGAGCCUGCUUUGGGUUAGUAGAGGGACGAGGUUUGGAAUGCUCGGAGGAGUGCAGGCUGACGAGAGCACGGCAACGUCCCUUCCCUUUCGCGUGAGCGGCGCAGCAGCACAGCCGGAACCUUUUGUCGUGGAACAUACGCGUGCUCUGGAGCGGCGCGACCAUAUGCCAAGACGUCACUCGAACGGGGCUGCCCUCUUUUUCUAG